UCUCUUAUUCCACCUGCACUUUGCUCUUCGUACGAACAGAUUCACAUGUUCUGAAAGUGUUUACUGAAGACAGGCAGACACUAAAGAGCACAAAUCUGCAAAAUGUUUCAUCUCAGGAACCUCCUUGCUUGCUUACUGCUGUCUGUCUCCAUUUGCCAGGCAAGAACAGGCGGCCUGCGCACUGCAACUCAGGAGAAAGUGACCCUGCAGCCGUGGCUGGUGGGACUGUCCGCUGUGGUGGGCUUCCUCUUCAUCGUCUUCUUCAUCCUCAUUCUGAAACGGAUCUUUUUCAAGAAAGACAACAGGGAUGAAAGGGAGACAGACUUUGAGGGGUAUGAAAACAAGGCUCUAGACCUGGAGAUAGCUGAGGAGACCAAAACGAGCCAAUUCUAAUGAAGAAAGAAGAUGGAUAUGGGCUGGCCUCAAACUGCAACCCUGCUGCUCUGCACCAUCUGGCUGGUGACAAAUUGGCAAAUGAUGUAUGGACUUCGUACAAAAUAAUUUCCAAAUAUUGUAAAAAUUGUAAGUUUAUCUGAAUGUCUAAUUUGAAUGUGAGGCUGCACUGUUUCCCAGUAAACUUGGAGUAAAUAUGUCACAAAUCUGACAUCCAACAA